GAUGGAUCGACCAAUAUGCAACUACCGAAGCACGAGGCAACUACAGCUCAAGCUCGCCCACCUCACACAACUGCUUAUUGCUUCGACUCAAACUCAUGUCCAACCCUCUCACAUUGAACCAACAAACAUCAAACGAGACCAAGAUACAGAAACAAAAAUGGCCUCCCAACUCCUCCCCCUCGAACUCAUCGACAAGUGCGUCGGCUCCCGCAUCUGGGUCAUCAUGAAAGGCGACAAGGAAUUCUCCGGCACCCUCGUCGGCUUCGAUGAUUACGUCAACAUGGUCCUCGAAGACGUGACAGAAUUCGACUACUCUGGCAAUAACACCCAACUCAAGAAGAUCCUCCUCAACGGCAACAACAUCUGCAUGUUGAUCCCAGGAGGAGAAGGGCCCGGCGGAGCGGGUGGUUCGCCAUGAUGACAAUCAAACACACAAACCAUAACCGGGGUGACAGAACAAGGCUUUUUAAGAAGAGAAGGGCCAGAAUAGUUGAACCAUGAGAUGGAAAAGUUCGCACCAACAUUGAUACCACCUUCAACCACACCCAGCAUCAACGCCUUGGCAAUGAUUACCGCUGUAUCUAGUUAUGCUAAUAAACAUGGAGAGAAAACCCCCUCUCCUAAAUUAUAUUUUUUCCUUUCA